UUUAGCUAUAAGUAGCUGACAACAAGGCCAUUAUUCUAGACCCUGAAGUGUCUGAAAUCCCUGACCAUUUACCAUGGCCAAAACCCUCCAUUUUCUCAUUUCAUCAGUGCUGAUUCUCUUAACUCUUCCCACAUCAAAAUCUGAAAGUUUCUCGAGAAAAUUAUCUUCACAGACACUAGGCCUCACGAACGAGAAACUAACCCACCUCCACUUCUACUUCCACGACAUACUCACAAGCAAAAACCCAACUGCAGUCCCCAUCACGAACCCAGGAAUUACAAACUCAUCAACCCAUUUUGGAGAAGCUUUCAUGGCUGACGAUCCCUUGACUGUGGACCCUGACAUCAACUCAAAGCUUGUAGGAAGAGCACAAGGGAUAUAUGCUUCAGCUUCCCAAACUGAUAUUGGGUUUCUAAUGGUUUUCAACUUGGUGUUUUUAGAAGGCAAGUACAAUGGAAGCACUCUGAGUCUUUUAGGUCAUAAUGCUAUAUUUUCCGGCGUCAGGGAGAUGCCGAUCGUCGGAGGAAGCAAGAUUUUCAGGUUUGCACGUGGUUAUGCUCUGGCUAAAACGCACACCAUUGAUCUUAAAACUAAUAAUGCUAUAGUGGAGUAUAAUGUCUAUGUCUUCCACUAUUGAUUUUUUUUUUCCUUUAAAUUUAUUGCUUUAUUUGAUGGUCAUCUGUUCACUGUGUGGUUUAUAAAUUUCUUUGAUUGCUGGUCA